GAACGAGCGAGCGAACCUACCUUCCUCGCAAAAGCAGAACCCAACUUUGAAACCCCAACUCACUUUCCCCCUUUGAAAUCCCCUAUUUCAAUUCCAACACCACAAUUUUCAUAUUUCAAGUUAUACUUAUUUGUCGUUCUAAGUCUAAUAGCGGUGAAAAUGUCGAAGAAGCAAGAUCCGAGGAAUCAGAUGGACGCCGCCGAUGACAACCGAUUCACCAUUAGAAAUAUUAUGAAAGAUAUUCAGUUUCUUGGGUCCUCACACAUGACAUGGAAGGAGAGGAAAGAAAUGGAGAAUAGGAAGGUGGUUUCUUUGGGUGGAAAGCCCCCUAAGAGGCAGAGAUUACCUCUGAGUGUAGCCAAGGCGGUCAUGAAGAAUCAGAAGAAAAGAGAAGAGAAAAUGCUGCAAGAGAAUAUGAUUCUUAGCCGAUUUGGAGGGAAGCUUGGUGCUGGUGGCAGUGCUAAAGGACCGGCAGACAAGCGGAGGCCCGAGGACAGAGUUCUGAAGUCAAGCGAAGGUCAUUUUAAAAAUGGUGUGCUCGAUGUGAAGCAUUUGUUUCAGAAGUCUCCUGCUAAAGAAAAUGACUUUGAUGGCCACCCUGGUGGCAAAGGAAAAAAGAAAAGGGGAGGUAGUAAAAAGAACGGAGGUAAGAAGAAAGGAGUUCGUGGAGGCAAGAAGCGCCACUGAAUGAACAUCUGAUCUAAGUAUGCCCCCCCCUCGACAAUGCCAAUUUUGGAUCUUCAUAACUUAUCAUUGCUUAUGUAUGAUCUUCAUCUGUUAUUGUAUACUAAGCUCUUGCCGACUUUGAUUGAGAUAGCUGCUUGAGAAUGUAGGAACGUCCAGUAUUUUACUGAUUUUGAUGAGAAGAUUUGUAGUCUUCAUGGUUUUGUUUGCAUAA